AUGUAUGUCUAUGAAUUUUAAAGAAAAGCAAGAGAAUAUCUAAAUGGGUAGAAAUUAUCUUUGAAAUCAAUUACCUCAAAAUAUAAUAAAGAAAGGUUAGACUAAAAUAGAGAUUUUAAGCAAAUUUCAUCUAUACUUAAUUCUAAAACCGAGUCAUCUUUAAUUAUUACAGAUUCUUUGAUAACUUCCAAAAGAGAUUAAAAGAAGAAAAAGGCAUUUUUAAUUAGAAAAUCACCUGAUAAUUAUAAAAAUUUAAUAGAGAAAAAGUAAUAUAACUCAAUAUAUGCAAAAUAAAUCACUCCUGUGAGAUAAAUGAGUAUAGCUGAAUAUAUAUAUCCUGAACCAAUCAGGCAUAUAAGACAUAAAUAAAUAACUUAAUCUUCAGCUUUCUAAAAUUUUGUUGCAUAAAAGUAUAUUAAAACAGAAGAAUCUAUAUAAUAAAGUAAUACAAACAGAAUUAAGAAACCAUUUCAAAGAUAUACUAGUGAAACAAGUAAGAAACAUAAACCAAAAACUAAUUAAAAUGUAUAAAUAGAGCAUAUACGAAAGUUAAGUGGAUGGAGUAUUAAUAGAAAUGAAAGCAAAUUUUGAUUUUAUAUUUUCUUUUGCUAACCUC